AUGCCAUGCAUAAGUGAUUGUUUAAAUGGUGGUAUAUGUUCAUUAAAUGAAACAUGUAUAUGUUCACCAUGUUAUGCUGGUAAUAGUUGUGAGAUAAGUACUAAUGUAAUAAAAUUUUCAUUGACAUUUGCAAUGCGAUGGGAUAUUGAACAAACUUUAACAAAUUCAAAUUUUAAUGUACCUGAAUUUACUUAUACAUUUGUUAUAAGUCUAAUGUUAUUCAUGGCUAUAAUAAAUAAUAUAGCAUGUUUACAAACUUUUUUUUUACAUGAUAUACGUUUAACAAAUUGUGGUAUGUUACAAAUAUUUUAUUGUAUAUCAGGUUUAAUUACAAUUAUUGGUAUGCAAUUACGAAUGUUAACAAUGUUAAAAUUUGAUGCAUUAACAACAGCUUAUUCUUAUCGAUAUGCAGCAUGUAAUAUAAUACCUGUUAUUGUUAUUUUAAUGGGUGAUACUUGUAUGUGGUUAAGUUCAACAUUAAUAAUUGAAUUUGUUCUAUUGGAAUGUUUUAAUUUUGAUAUAUAUCGUUCUCGAAGAUUUUCAAUUAUAUCAUCAAUUAUUGGUCUUUUAAUAACAAUUGGUACACAUAUGCAUGAAAUAAUUGCUCGACGUCCAUUACCUGAUUUAAUGCAUCCUAAUUUAUAUUCAUGUACAUUUGCUUAUCCAUUACCAUUAGAUAUAAUUGAUAAAAUUCUUCGUACAUGUCAUGUUAUUAUACCGCUAACAAUACAUUUUAUUGCUAGUAUUUUUAUGCUUAUGAGUAUAACACGACGUACUUUAUUUGUUCGUGAUCGUACUGAUUAUUUUCGAGUAUUUAUAAUUCAAUGUAUAAAACGUAAACAUUUUUUUAUUCCACCAUUAUUUAUUAUUUUAUCUAAUCUUCCACAUUUAAUUCUUCAUUUAAAAGAUGAAUGUGAAGAUGCUCGAAAUAUAUCAAUUCUUCGAAUACAUAUUGCUUUUAAUAUUCUUGUUUAUUUACCACCAUCAAUAACAUUUUUUAUUUAUAUUUUUCCAUCAAAAAGUUAUAUGCAUCAAUUUAAAACAACAUAUAUGGGAUAUUAUUUGAAAUUAAUAUAUGAAAAAUUUAAAGAUAAACAAAUAUAUAAAUGGAAUCAAUUAAGACAAAUAUCAUGUAAAAAUUUUAUUACAUUAGUAUUACAUACAAUACAAACUAAGAUUUUACAUAAAUAA